AUGAACGUGAAUAUAUUCGGACUGCUUAUGUAUGCGCUCUCCAGCAUGGGAGGUGCGAUUUUUAGCCUGGCGGAUGUCUGGCAGGUUCCCUACCAGUGCAAGGACUACACAGAGGACGGGUCCACGUGGGUGGCAGGAGUUGACAAAAUGAGCUCAUACUGCAUAGUAGAUAACGCCUCGGCACCCAUUGAAAACAUGAGCUUUAUUGCGGCCAUGACUAUUGGCAGCCCCUCGUACAGGGCCCAAAAGCCUGCCGGAACCAAGAUGCUGACAUACGAUGUUAUUAACGGGACCGAGCUGAACAGAAAGAUAACCCCGGAAAGAAUUGAAUACGAAAGCCUGCCGGCGAAUGAAAGCUAUGCAGGCUUCUUUGUCGACCCGGAGCUGUCCAAAAUGGCGAACAGCAUAGACAUAGUCGACUACAUGGAGAUCUUCGCCAACAUCAUCCAGAAGGGCCCGCUUGUGUUCUCCAAGAGCGGCCAGAUAGAAACCCCAGAAGUAAACCACAUUUUACAGAGGUUCCCCAUCCAGUAUGUUUCUAAAACGCUCCAGCUGUGUGCAAAGAAGUAUCUGCUGGAGUCCAACUACUUCUUUACCCUAAGAAACAUGAUGGACAGCCUCUGCUUGAGGAUGGAGGGCGAGACCAAGCAUAGCACAGACAAAAAAGUUGCCAUGUGUGGGUCCACAGCAAUGAUGGUGCACGACUCGGCCAGAAACAAAAUAAUUGAUUCGCUGACUAUUAUCACCAAGAAAACCAACGGCAUUUUGAAAGUUAUAAAAAACCUCCAGGCCAAAAAAAUGAAAAACCUGAUUGAGAUGGUUGCAAUCCAGGUGAGGUUUGAGUUAGAGAUGGUGCGCAGGCUGCUGGAGGAGUUUGACGAGCUAGAUGCCUACUUCAAAAACGUGUUUUCCAGCAAGAGCCAUCCUGCUGAAGACGCGAGCCAUCGGUGCAUAAUGGAGAUAGACACCCAAAACCCACAAACUAUCAGAGGGAAGGCCUCCUUGGCAGACUUUAUGGCAAUUCCCAAAAUACACCUGAACGAGACAGUUGCACGCCCUUCAGUUUCCACGAUUUUUAAGAAAAACAACACAGAAGAAAUAAUGUCUGUGUUUGAGGCUGUCAUCAAAAACCCAACAAAAAGCAUUCAGUCAGACAUACACCGCAUCAACGGCAUUGCGAGCAAGCUAAAGGCUGAGCUCGGAACGGCCCCGUCGACAGUCUAUCUAAUGGGGAAAAUGGAUGCAAGCCAGAUUAAAACCCUCAUGGUGGCGAUCUACGGGCUAAGGCAGAAGCUGGUAGAAAAGGAAACUUCUGCGCAUGUGCAGUUUGUGGCAUACAACAACCUAGUGGACGUCCUGUGCAAAACACACAUGAUGUGCGAAGACCUGGAUCAAGCUGACCAGCCUCUCGACACGCCUCUUGCAGAAAACUCCACUGCAACCCCCGUGGAAUAG